GUACCAAUUUAAAUGUUGCCAUAAACACCGGUUGUUUUUCUUUUCCUAUCAACAGCUGUCAAAAAGCUUUGAAAUGGUGCAGCGGCUUACGUUUAGGCGACGUUUGUCGUACAAUACUAAAUCUAACCAAAGGAGAAUAGUAAGAACUCCUGGCGGCCGUCUGGUCUAUCAAUAUGUGAAGAAGCCUAAGAAGAUCCCGAGGUGUGGUCAGUGCAAGAGCAAACUGCGCGGUAUCCAGCCCGCCAGGCCCGCCGAGCGUUCCCGCCUCUGCUACCGCAAGAAGACCGUGAAGCGCGUGUAUGGAGGUGUCCUCUGCCACAAGUGUGUCAAGCAGCGCAUCGUCAGAGCUUUCCUCAUUGAGGAGCAGAAGAUCGUCAAGGUCCUCAAGGCGCAACAGGCGAGCGUAAAGAGCGGUGGCGGCGGCAAGAAAGCGACUAAGUAAAUGUUAGGCUAAAAAUAUAAAGGAAAAAUCA